AUGGCAACACUUCAAACUUCUCUUCUCUUCAAACCCCCCUUCCCAUUCCUCAUUCCCAACCACUCCACUCGUAAACCUCACCGCCACUUCUCCUUCAACCCCACGCGCUUCCGCACGCGCCUCCCUUCCCCUCUCCUCUGCACACUUCAACCCGACGCAACUACUCCCUACUCCGAUCCUAACCCUAACCCUAGCCCUAACCCAACCCUACCCGAACCAAAGCCUGAUUCCGCUGACGUCGAGCUUAUAAAUUCAACGGAAAACGAUUUGAAUUCUAAUUCAAAUGAAUCGCGAUUCGAGAGUGGUGAUGGCGAGGCUUUCGAGGGUUUGGAAAGUGAAAAGAAGGUUUCGAGAUUGCCGAUACUGGCGUUCUUGAUUGGAGUUUGGGUGAGAGCUAGAGAACGUGUUGAGAGGGCGUUUUCGGAGUUUUUUGAUUGGUGGCCGUUUUGGCGGCAGGAGAAAUGGUUGGCGAAGUUGAUUUCAGAAGCUGAUUUGAAUAGGCAGGAUGCUGAUAAGCAGACUGCUCUGUUUGUUGAACUCAAUAAGCACAGUCCCGAGUCUGUGAUAAAGAGAUUUGAAGAAAGGGAUCGAGCUGUGGACAGCAGAGGAGUCGCAGAAUAUCUUCGAGCACUAGUGGUCACUAAUGCUAUUGCAGAAUAUCUUCCUGAUGAGGAAUCUGGAAAACCUUCUGGUCUUCCUACCUUGCUGCAAGAGUUGAAACAACGGGCAUCAGGUAACACAGAUGAGACUUUUCUUAACCCUGGAAUAUCUGAGAAGCAGCCGUUGCAUGUGGUUAUGGUUGAUCAAAAGGUAUCAAACAAAUCACGUUUUGCACAAGAGAUUAUCUCAGCUAUUUUGUUUACUGUAGCUGUUGGAUUGGUCUGGUUUAUCGGUGCUACUGCACUUCAAAAAUACAUUGGAAGCUUGGGUGGGAUUGGUUCUUCAGGUGUUGGUUCAAGUUCUUCCUAUACCCCCAAGGAGUUAAACAAGGAAGUAAUGCCAGAAAAGAAUGUAAAAACUUUUAAGGAUGUGAAGGGUUGUGAUGAUGCAAAGCAAGAACUUGAGGAAGUUGUGGAGUACCUAAAAAAUCCAGCUAAAUUUACACGCCUUGGAGGAAAGUUGCCAAAGGGGAUUCUUCUGACAGGGGCACCUGGAACUGGAAAAACUCUGCUAGCCAAGGCUAUUGCUGGAGAAGCAGGGGUUCCAUUUUUCUACCGUGCAGGGUCAGAAUUUGAGGAGAUGUUUGUUGGAGUUGGUGCUCGACGUGUGAGGUCCUUAUUUCAAGCAGCCAAAAAGAAGGCUCCUUGCAUUAUUUUCAUUGAUGAAAUUGAUGCUGUUGGAUCAACCAGGAAACAAUGGGAGGGCCACACCAAGAAAACAUUGCACCAACUACUCGUUGAAAUGGAUGGGUUUGAGCAGAAUGAGGGAAUAAUAUUAAUGGCUGCAACAAACCUACCUGAUAUUCUUGAUCCAGCUUUAACGAGGCCUGGUAGAUUUGAUCGACAUAUUGUUGUACCGAAUCCAGAUGUACGUGGUCGGCAAGAAAUAUUGGAACUCUACCUGCAAGAUAAACCUACAGCCGAGAAUGUUGAUAUUAAAGCAAUAGCUCGUGGUACCCCAGGAUUCAAUGGGGCAGAUCUUGCAAACCUGGUGAACAUUGCUGCCAUUAAAGCUGCGGUUGAAGGUGCAGAGAAAUUAACAGCUUCACAGUUGGAGUUUGCAAAAGACAGAAUAAUUAUGGGUACAGAGCGGAAAACAAUGUUCAUAUCCGACGAGUCAAAAAAGCUGACUGCUUAUCAUGAGAGCGGCCAUGCAAUUGUUGCCCUUAACACCGACGGUGCACAUCCAAUUCACAAGGCAACGAUAAUGCCCCGUGGAUCUGCUUUAGGAAUGGUUACUCAGCUUCCCUCAAAUGAUGAAACGUCAAUAAGUAAGAAGCAGUUGUUAGCUCGUCUUGAUGUUUGUAUGGGAGGAAGAGUUGCAGAAGAGCUUAUCUUUGGUCGUGAUAAUGUCACAACUGGAGCAAGUAGUGAUCUUCAAUCUGCUACCGAGCUUGCCCAAUACAUGGUUUCAAGUUGUGGGAUGAGUGAUACAAUCGGACCAAUUCAUAUAAAGGAGAGACCAAGUUCUGAAAUGCAGUCACGUAUUGAUGCAGAGGUUGUUAAACUCCUUAGAGAUGCAUAUGAUCGUGUGAAAGCUCUUCUGAAUAAGCAUGAGAAGGCAUUACAUGUGCUGGCAAAUGCAUUAUUAGAGUGCGAGACACUUAAUUCAGAAGAAAUCAGACGAUUACUUCUCCCAUAUCGAGAAGGAAGACUGCCAGAACAACAGGAACAAGAAGAAGCAGAAGGAGAUCUUGUAUUGGUCUAA